AUUCGAGACGGGUUGAAGAGGCAGCUUCUGUUGUUGCUGCUGAGCCUUUGAUUAGUGGGGGUAAUGACGAUGAUGAACAAAGGGUUGAAAUGCGAAUGGUACCUGCUGGUUCAAUCAAUGAGACUGCAUUGAAUAAUGGUAAGGCUUUUGGUACCGUGGACUGUGGAUUUAAAUGCAUUGCUGAAUGAAAUAUCUGAUUCGUUGAAGGACCCACUUCAGCUUGGUGUGGCUACACCAAAUGAAGAGAUGUCUUCUGUUCUGCCUGAUUCACCACCCAAUGGAUCCAUCUCCAUUUCUAAUGGAAAUGGUCUGGAGAAGACUGCAGUUAAAAAAUAUCCUCCUCGAAGAAUAGUAUCAGCCGUUCGGGACUUCCCUCCUCUUUGUGGAAGAAAUCCUGCCCUGGAGGCGAAGAAUUUUGGUCAAGAGAGGUCUGCUAUGGAUGGCGAACCAUCAUCAUUGAAAACAACAAAGACUACUGUGAGACAAACAGGUGAGGAUGUUCAAGAUAGGGAGUUUCACAAGAGUGAACAUGGAGGGGAUAUUUCUCUACUAAUUGGGGACAAGGUUCAACCAAAAUGCAAGGGACAUGCUGUACAAGAAUUGGAAAGGCACGAUGAUGUAAAUUCUGAAAUGAACGUGGUUUCAGAAGAUGCUAAAAAAAUUUGCCAUGAACUUUCUCAAGGACACGAUGUAUUUCAAGACACAGGGAGUGUUGAACAUUCAGAGGAGGGAGUGGGGAAGGAGAUGGUGGUAUACCAUGCAAAGGAAAGUCCAAGCGAGACAGGCUUAAGUAAACCUUAUUAUCAUAAUCAAUUGCACGAAGAAGAUUUUGAAAGAUCGGAAAUUAUGUCGGAAAAAGCGGUUGUAAUGGGUUUGAUGACUGCGUCAAACUGUCCGUGGAGGAUGGGAAAAGCGGGCGACCUACAUAAACUAGAAGGUGGAAGUAGCGAAAGAAAACAAAAGAAGCUUGAUGUGAAAUGUCAGAUAGAAGGAUCUAAGGCUGUUUCCAGGAAAAAAGCUGACUCAGACAUUGGAGGAAAGUCUCCAAAGAAUAUUCUUCCUAUAUCACAAAUGAGUGCUUAUGAAGGUACACGUCAGCUUGUUAUCUGGGACAAGGAGUAUUCUCUUGAGCUUGACCAGAAAGAAGACUUUUAUGUGAGUCCAAGAUCAGGUUGUUCUGAUGUAUGUCCUCCUCCUUUUGGUACUAGUAGUUCAACUAGCAAAGUUCGUGAUAAUACCCGAAACACGGUGAGGGAGACAUUGCGUUUGUUCCAAGCUCUCUGUAGGAAGCUUUUGCGGGAGGAAGAGGGCAAGUCAAAGGAAGGAGGAGUUCCUCGCAAAAGGGUUGAUUAUUCAGCUGCAAAGAUCCUCAAGGAUAAAGGAAAAUAUGUAAAUACGGGCAAACAAAUCCUGGGAACUGUGCCGGGAGUUGAAGUUGGCGAUGAGUUUCAUUACAGAGUGGAACUUACUAUUGUUGGCCUUCAUCGCCAGAUUCAAGGUGGUAUAGAUUAUGUAAAGCAUGGUGGGAAGAUCCUUGCAACCAGUAUCGUUGCAUCUGGUGGCUAUGCGGAUGAUUUGGAUAAUUCAAGUUCCUUGAUUUAUACAGGCCAAGGAGGAAAUGUGAUGAAUACUGAUAAGGAACCUGAAGAUCAGAAGCUUGAACGGGGAAACCUUGCUUUAAAGAAUAGUAUGGAUGAAAAAAAUCCUGUUAGAGUGAUCCGUGGCUCUGAAGAAGGAAGAAGUAAGACAUAUGUAUAUGACGGACUAUAUUUGGUAGAGAAAUGUUGGCAGGAUAUGGGGUCUCAUGGUAAGCUUGUUUUCAAGUUUCAACUUGACAGAAUCCGAGAUCAACCAGAGCUUGCUUGGAAAGAAGUGAAGAAGUCCAAAAAAUAUAAAGUACGGGAAGGUCUAUGCAUUGAUGAUAUUUCAGCAGGGAAAGAGUCCAUUCCUAUCUGUGCUGUGAAUACCAUAGAUGAUGAGAAACCUCCACCAUUUGUAUACAUGACUAGCAUGAUAUAUCCAGAUUGGUGCCGCCCAGUUCCUCCCAAGGGUUGUAGCUGUAUUGUUGAAUGCUCAGAUUCUGAGAAAUGUUCUUGUGCAGUUGAGAACGGAGGUGAGAUCCCAUAUAACUUCAAUGGUGCUAUUGUUGAAGCAAAGUCCCUUGUGUAUGAGUGUGGUCCUUCUUGUAAGUGUCCUCCUUCUUGUUACAAUAGAGUUAGCCAGCGUGGUAUCAAAUUUCAGCUUGAAAUCUUCAAAACUGAAUCAAGGGGUUGGGGAGUGAGAUCCCUAAAUUCCAUUCCUUCGGGAAGUUUUAUAUGUGAGUAUAUAGGAGAGCUCCUGGAAGAGAAGGAAGCUGAAGAAAGAACUGGGAAUGAUGAGUACCUGUUUGAUAUUGGGAAUAACUACAGCGACAAUUCUCUUUGGGAUGGACUUUCAACCCUCAUGCCUGAUGCACAAUCAAGUUCUCAUGGAGUAGUGGGGGAAGGUGGAUUCACCAUUGAUGCAGUAGAGUACGGCAAUGUGGGAAGAUUUAUCAACCAUAGUUGUUCUCCUAAUCUUUAUGCCCAAAAUGUCCUCUAUGAUCAUGAUGACGCUAGAAUUCCUCACAUCAUGUUCUUUGCUGCUGAGAACAUUCCUCCUUUGCAAGAGUUGACUUACCAUUACAAUUAUAUGAUAGACCAGGUUCGUGAUUCUAAUGGCAAGAUAAAGAAGAAGAGUUGCUAUUGUGGUUCUCCAGAGUGCACUGGCAGACUUUAUUGAGGCAGACAUCGGAGGAGAAUUCUGGGCUACUCGAAAGAGGUGAUUUCUAAUUACUGGAGGUAUCGUUAAUGUCAAAGCUUUAGAUGAAGUUUGAAAUGAUGACCAUUUUUCUUUGGUAGUUGAGCGACGCUCGACUGUUUGGUUUCGGAUGCUUGGUUGUGAAGAGGACGACUAAAAGUACUAAUUUACUUGUGUUUGUUGCCACAAGGCCUGUUGGCUAUAGAUCUAAUGUUAUACGAAGACAAAGGAUCAUUGUUCCUAGGGAGCAAUAUUUUUGCUUUUUUGUGUUUUACACAUUGUGUUUCCUUUAUAGAUAUGUUCGUGUUUUCAAAUUUCAACCA